CACCGCACAGCACCCCGCCCGCUACCGGCGGCGGCCAUGGGCAACUCACAGGGCUCCUCCUCGUCCGCCUCCUCCGCCCGCUUCGUCACGGCCUCCAGGGCCUUCUCGAAGCAGGCGCUGGACGACCUCCGCGCGCGCUUCGCCUCGCUCGCCGAGCGGUCGGGGACCCAGGGCCGCGCCAUCUCCCGCCCCGUCUUCCUCGAGUAUUUCGGGGUACGCGGGGCGCUCGGCGACAGGCUGUUCCAGCUGGUGGCCAAGGAGGGCUGCGAGGAAGAUGGGGUCACCUUCGAGGGUUUGAUCAUCUGCAAAGCAACAUAUGAAAGGGGAACUCGAGAUGAGGCUGAUGAGUUCAUUUUUCAAUUGUGCGAUGUUAUGGGAGAUGGUGCCUUAACAAGGUCUGAUCUGGAAUCUGUAUUGGCGUCCAUUCACGAAACCAUAUUUGAAAAUAACAAGGAAGCAGGGGAAGGUUCAAACAAGAGGACAUCUGAAGCAUUUCUCAACUCCGCAGUAUUUUCAACGAAUGCUGAAGGGGUCUCAGAGAAGACUAUGUCAUUAUCAGACUUUAGAAACUGGUGUACAGUCAUGCCAUCACUCAGGAAGUUUCUCGGAAGUCUGUUGAUGCCCCCUGAUUCAGGCAGAGCUGGCUUCCAAGUGCCACUACUUCACUAUCCAGAAAACAUCUCCUCUGAGUUGCUACUUUUAAAUAAGGAGUAUGCUUGGCAUAUAGGAGGUGGCUUUUCUCAACAUGAUGUGCAAGAGUGGAGGCUUCUAUAUCACAGUUCUCUUCAUGGACAAAGCUUCAGCACUUUCUUAGGCAAUGUAACGAAUGGAGAUGCACAGACUGUUCUAAUCAUUAAAGAUGCAGAAGGUUCCAUUUUUGGUGCAUAUGCAUCACAACCAUGGGAAAGGCACAGUGAUUUUUAUGGUGACAUGAAGACAUUCCUUUUCAAAUUAUAUCCCGAAGCAUCCAUUUUUCGUCCUACAGGAGCAAACAAAAAUUUACAAUGGUGUGCUACAAACUUCACCUCUGAGAAUAUUCCAAAUGGUAUCGGCUUUGGAGGCAAGCCACAUCACUUUGGCCUUUUCCUAUCUGCUGGUUUCGAUCAAGGGCACUCAUUUACCUCCAGCACAUUCACCGGUCCAUCCCUUUCCAACACAAACAGGUUCAGGCCAGAAGUUAUUGAAUGUUGGGGGAUACAAGUGAAGGGAUCACUUGAUGAAAAAACAGAGCUCGUCAAGGGUACAGUUCUUGAGAGAUUCAAGGAGGAUAGGAACAUGCUGAAGCUUAUCGGUAUGGCAAGUGCGAGUGACUGAUGACUGGAAAAUCACAAUAGCAGAUAUUUUGGAGUUUCUGUACAGCACCAUUCACGGGAAAUAAAUAGCUCUUCAAACUGUUUGUUCAUCCAGAGAGACAUGUAUAGCUGCAUGGAGUUGUUGGUUUAUACUGUAUAGAUUCUCUGCCUGUGUUUUUGUCCCCAGUUCGAGAGCAAGAGAGGAACUGACUGUGUCAAAAUUGAUCUCCCAAAGCUGGCUACUAAGUAAGUGAUGUAUGUAAUGUGCUUCACAAUCAUAUCAGCGUAACAUGGAUUGAGGUGGACAAAGAAUGAUUUGAUGAUGUGUAGUUCUUUUUGGACUUUGCAGUAAUACGUGUGCUUUUUUCA